AUGGCUAGCAAUGUGGAUGCUAAGCUGCUGAAGCAGACCAAAUUUCCACCAGAGUUCAGCAAGAAAGUGGAUAUGACGAAGGUGAACAUAGAGGUCAUGAAGAAAUGGAUUGCCGGAAAGCUAUCGGAAUUACUCGGUGACGAAGACGAUGUUAUUAUUGAGCUGUGUUUUGGUUUAUUAGAGAGCUCCAGAUAUCCCAAUAUAAAAGCCCUUCAGAUUCAAUUGACUGGUUUCCUGGACAAGGACACGCCCAAGUUUUGCCAGGAGUUAUGGAACCUAUGUCUUAGUGCACAAUCGAGUCCUCAAGGUGUUCCUAAGGAGUUACUGGAAGCGAAGAAGCUGGAACUGAAACAAGAAAAGUUGGAUGCAGAACGAGCUGCGGAAGAAGCACGUCGGCGGAAAGAACAAGAACGCGAGCGCGAAAGAGAACUGGAAUCUAUCAGACAGAGAGAGAGAGCGGACCAGGUUCACGGUCUCCUCGGCGUCACAGCCCAGACCGGCGGAGUGCACCUUCGCGCCGAGAGUUUGAUUCCUACGUACCACGAGGCAACCGGCAAAGCCGUCGAAGUCCUCGAUCGAAAUCCCGUUCAGUAUCGCGCUCACCGUCUCUUUCCAGAUCACCUCCUCGUCGCUCGUACCGCGCAGAUGAACGCAACAGGAGACGCCCGCGAUCUGCAAGCAGGUCACCGUCUGCAGAUGGAAGGGAUCACAAAAGAAGCAGGCGACAAAGCCCGCCACACGGUGAUGAUCGAGAUAGAUCUGCUGCCCGCAAUGAAUCAUCAUCACGCUCACCUAGUCCCAGAAGAACCCGCCGACGCUAUUCCUCUGUCUCUUCGCGCAGUCCCUCACGUUCACCGUCACCGCCACGAAAUCGUAGAGGACGUGACCGUUCUCCUCGAACCAGAGUCAGACGGAAUACCAGUUCAGUUUCUGCAUCUCGCUCAAGGUCUCGACAGCCGGACAACAGGAAUCGUAGGAGGCGGUCAUCAUCUCGCCCGUCAGAAGAUCGUAGGACAAAAGCUGAUAUUGCUAUAA